UCACAAAAUUAUUAAAAUUAUCAAAAUUGGAAUCACAUAACAUCAUAAACAUAAAGUGUCCCUCAUUUUAGGUCAUAGAAAAAACACAACACAAGAACACAAACAAACAAAAGACAGAGAGAGAAAGCAAUGGAAGAGGAAGGAAUAGGGUUGGUGUUGGCGAGAGCCACAGAACUUAGGUUGAAGAUCAGCAAUUGCAUCAACACAACCACCACCGCCGCCACCCCUAAUGGCCUCUCACCACACGCCGCCGCCGAUGACGACGAUGACAAUGAUGAUGACUCCUCCACUGACAGGCUUCUCAACAUUUGUGAUGCCUUUGAAGCAUUGGAGACCCAACUCUCUUCCUUGCAGGUCCUGCAACAACAGCAGCGGUAUGAAAGAGAAGUUGCCUUGGCAGAGAUUGAAAACAGUCGCAAAAUGUUAAUUGCUAAGCUCAAGGAGUAUAAAGGUAAGGAAUUGGAAGUGAUACAUGAAGCCUCUACUUUUGCAAGUGAAACAGUGGAGCCGAACAAUGAUCUACUACUUCCUCCGUAUCCAAGUCGUCCUCCAUACUCGAUAUCUCUGGACAAGGAAUAUAUGUCACAGAUCCCUUCUGUGAAUAAGCCUGGUCGCAAUGGGUUAAUCACGCUUGAUUCAGUGGUUGAGACAAAAAAGAGUCAUACUGAAACAGAGCAAAACCAUGUUGAAGAUGGGGCUAAAAAUUCAAGAAAAGGAUUGGGAUUUUUCAUAACUUCUGCUGCCAAAACAAUGCUAACAGUUGUUGGUGUGGUAUCAAUAUUAAGUUUAUCUGGAUUUGGGCCCAGGUUUGGUAAGAUAGGCAUUCGUUUCAGCGCACAAGGCUGGCGUCACAGGCUAGAAAAUGAAAGUGAGGGAUCUACCACUGAAAAUAAGAGUGAGAGGCCAGUUACUCAGUGUCCACCUGGGAGGAUCUUGGUGCUGGAAAAUGGGGAAGCUCGGUGUCUUGUGAAAGAGAGAGUUGAAAUUCCAUUCUCAGCUGUUUCUGCAACACCUGAUAUAAACUAUGGAUGUGGUUAAGAAUAGUAUUCAUUCUCUGUAUUGUAUAUUAUUUUACUCCCCCACCCCUCCUUUCUCUUUUUUUCUUUUUGUCAAUAUGCCAAAAAAUUAUAUUCAGUGCCUGAUUGUCUUUAUUUUUGUCA